UUCUUGAAAGAACAUUGAUAUUCUAAAUUAUUACACAUCCCAGAUCAAGUAAUUGUUUUUUUGUAUGUUCUACAGUUUGAAGCAAUAUUUGAGUAUUAUGUUUGUAUGUUCCAUGUUUCAUGUUAUAUGUUACUUUGUUUCAUUUCUUUCUUUAUGUUCUAGUAUUGUCUUCUUAGAUUUCAUUCGAAGAAAUAUUUUUUAAGAUGAUGUUUUUCCCAAACCCCAGAUAGGGACAUUUCUUUACUGAUCAGAACAACUCUGGUUUAAACAUUUUUGGAACAUUUUUAGUUUCUAUUGUUUACAAAUUGUUACAAAACUACUACAUUGAUAAGUUUCAUUGAUGGUUAAAUGUUCAUUAAGUAAGAAAUGUCUGAUAUUGUUUACCAACUUAAUUACUUUUGUUUGCGACGCUUGGUUUUACGGUUUACUAUCAAAUUAUUUGUCUGAUAUUGUUUUGGAAACGAAUGUGCUGUUCUUAUUGAUUUCCUUGGCUAAACAUGAUUGCUUAUUCAAGUUCUUUUCAUUUUCCUUCAUUGUCUAUCUGUGACAGUGCAGUUACCGACUUGCAUCCCCCUUUUUUUUCUAUUGCUUGGGUUUUCCUUGAAUUUUAGAAUUGCGGUUUCUGUUUUGAUUCGUGUUGUGGUGUGAUUUAUUUGUGAAAUUAUUUGUGGGUGAGAUUUUUCACCCUUUUACAUUUGUUUGUGGGCUUUCCAUUUUUCUUGCCAAUUACACAAUCGAGUGUACGUUUCAUGGCUUUUUCUUUGAGCUUGAGAAGAGCCAGUUUAUGAUGUUAUGUAGGUUGAUAUCUCAUUCUGAGUGCUUAUGUCGCUUGAUCGUUUUGUCAAUUUUGGAUUACUAACUUGCAAUGCAGUAGUGUUUUGGUAAAACGUCUAUGACAUUAAUCUUACCAUCCUUAGUGUUGGUCGUGGGGGAAUGUUUAUUAAUUGGCCUUGUUUGAUUUCGAAUAGAUGUACUCCCAAUUUAGCUUUUAUGUCAUGGGAUGGGGAAGUAACGUAAUUUAAUUUAACUUUAUGUUUGGGUUUCGUAUGUUCAUUUCGUUCUACAGUUUUCAAACCGAACGAAGCAGAUAUUACAUCAAUCUUGUAUGACACUAUCGGGUGGUGUGAUGACAGUUAAAGAUUUAGAUUAUUCAAUCGACAUUUUAUCCUAAAAGAUAUAUAUAUACACCAUAUUCUUAUUUGCAAUGUGAAUGCUAGUUAGCUAAUUCAUAUACAAAUUAGGGUCUACUAUAGCAAAUGGUGUUUCUGCUGAAAGUGUUUUAGAAAUAUUGCGACAGAAAUAGGUCUCCGAAUAUCUAUAUGUAAUAUGGCCCUUCCUCUUAUGGCUUUCUAAGCUUUUUGAGCAACCAUUCUAGUCCUUAAUACUCAGUUCUUAGCAAAGAUCUCGUUAAUCAUCCGAUUUUUUAUUUUCAAACAUGGAGUUCCAUUUCCAUCAUAAACUUUUUUAUUUUCAAACAUGGAGUUCCAUUUCCAUCAUAAACUCGGAGUUUAUUAAUUUUCGUCUCAGUUUUUAAUACUGGAGAUGAAUUCUCAAACUCAAAUUUCAAAAUCAAAAGUUUAAUGAAUUUUGAUUUUGGAUGAAAGAAAUGUUUAUAUUCAAAGAAGAAAGAAGUAUUUAUAUGUUUAAUUUUAAAAAACAACAAACCAGAAACAGUUAUGAAACGACUACAUUAACAAACCAAUUGGCCAUAUAUGGAAAAUGGUUGAAGAAGAAUUAAUUACCUAGAGAAAGACAGAGAUUCUAAAAUGCUUCUUUUUUUCCAAAAACAAAACAUGAUAGUAAAGAAAAAGAAAACUCUGUACACUUUCACUUUCAUUAGUAAAACACCAAUGUGUUUUGCAGCUGUUGGUUGGAAAAAUUGAAGAAGCAAAAAAAUGACAGAUGAAACAAACAAGUACAAUUCUUCCAACUUCAUUGAACUUUGAACUCUGAACCCAAACUUCCCAAAACUCUUCUAAGUUUUUUUCAGCAUUUAACAUCUCUUUACAUUCAAACUUUAAUGCCGAAACUCCUCCAUAUUACAUUAACAUUUCAUUCUCUAUACAUUUCAUCUGUACUUUCUUAUAACUCUUGGCUAUCCUUUCAACUCACUGAGAUUUGUUUGUUCUUUUGUUCUAAAACAAUGAACCAUCUCUUUGAUCUGCCCGAAAAGAUUUGUUAUGUACAAUGUGGAAUCUGUACCACUAUUUUGUUGGUCAGUGUGCCGUGUAGUAGCUUGUCAAUGGCGGUGACCGUGACGUGUGGCCAUUGCUCGAGUCUCCUUUCUGUUAACAUGAUGAAAGCCACUCUGGUUCCUCUGCAUUUUCUGUCUUCUUUAUCUCACAAUGUGCCCAAAGAAACUUAUAGAGAAAUGAAUUCAGGGAAGUUUUUUGACAGUUUCAAAAGAUCAAACUUGAAAUUUUCUGAGUAUGAAGUUGAAGACGACUUGAUUCCUGUGACAACUCCUUUUGUAAACAAACCUCCUGAGAGACGACAGCGCGCCCCAUCCGCAUACAACUGCUUCAUCAAAGAUGAAAUAAGAAGGCUCAAAACUCAAAAUCCUGAAAUGACUCACAAAGAAGCCUUUAGAACAGCAGCAAAAAACUGGGCAAAUUUCCCUCCAAUCCAAGAAAAGGAUGACAAGGAGAAGUGUAAUCAAAUUGAGGAAAAUGGGAGUUGGAACACUCAAAUUCCUGAGGUUCAUAAGGAAGGCAUUCAUUUUUUGACAUAACUCACCAUUUCAGUGAAGCUAUAAGAAGGUGGGAGAAUGCUUUUAGUUUCUGCUUUGUUACUUCUUUUAGGAAAAAAGGGUUCAAAAAUUCAGUGUUCUUAAAAAGGAUAGAUGCCAUUGGGAAUGAAAGUUUUUCUUUUCUUUCUGUUUUUUUUUUUAAGUUUCUCUUUGUUGAUUAAGUGUCUGGAAAAACUUGGUUUUUUAUGGAAGGUUUCUGCUCUGUUUUGUA